UCAAAAAUUAAAAUCUCUCUCACGGCCCAAAUGACGUUUUCUGUCUCGCUAACGGCCGUUUCUGUUCGUAAUUUCUCCGGUCGAUCCCGAGCGACUUGGAAGUUUGUGGUUUCGCGGAUAUCCCUAUGCUCCUUAAGCAUGGUGAAAGCAGUUGUUGGAGAAGAAACCCGACUCACUUCUGCAGAAGAUCGUCUCUCUCGAUCAGCUAUCCCUUCUGAGGUGGGUCUUGUGAUAGGGAAGCUUAGCUCUGCUUUAGAUCGUGGUUUCGUGUUUGAUUUGAUCCCUACGCCUAACAAUGAUACCGGAGAGCCAGCAUGCUCGGUUAUGGAUGCCAAAGACAACAGGAAGAAGUCAUCCAGUUCAAAAUCUCAGUCAUCGGAUACCUCUUCUCUAUCAAUUGAUUCCGACUGGGUCGCUGAACAUGCCCGACAGGUAUCAAGAAUGCUGUUAGGUGGUAUGAAGGUGGUUGGUAUUUAUGUAUGGGCGAGUGACAGCUCUUUUAAGAAUUCAACUAUGAUGCUUUACCAGGCAAUUAAGGGGGUUUCAGAUGCAGUACGACAUUUGGAUCCUAGCUUGGAUGAAGUUCUUCUGAUUCACAUAUGUUACAGUCCAAGGAGGUGGAAUUGCCGAAGCUGUUUGUUGGGCUCAAGUAUUACCUCCAGUAACUUGCGACCUUGUGAUUUUAAGCUGGGAAGGGUAUUAAGUUCUCUGAAGAGGUUUAGGUGCAUUUACAGCUUCAAUUUGAGAUCUCCUAUCUGCUUCGGGGGUGAAUCAGCUGCCCAAACAUUUACUGACAUUCUGCGUCAACAACUAGCAAAUCAUGCAAAAGAUCUAAGGAGAGCAAAUGCCUUGGUUGAUGGAGACAUGGUGCAAAAUGACGAACCGUGCAAUACAGAUGGUGAACAUGAAGUGGAAUUGUUAUUCCCAUUCAUGAAAGAUACUCUUGUUGAGGCAUUUAGUGGAAAGGACAUUGCUGGAGUUCUCUGUGUCGCUGGUUCAAUAUGUUCUUAUGCUUACUUAAAUGCAAAAGAACCAAUUUCUCAGGCUGUUGCUGAUAUAAAGGCUGAUAUCAUAAGGAGUCUGCAAAGCAGGUUGGACAUCAUCUGCGAUGAGGCAGAGGAGAAUCUCUAUCCAAAUAACGGCUUAGACAAGGAAGAAGCUGCUAACGCACCUAUUCCCAAACUCAUCCCGAGUCCAUCUACAAAACCUUUCCGUCUUCCUCUUCCUAGGAGAGUCUUCGUCCCAUGGCUUUCAGGCACGUUCCUCUGCGAUUAUCUUCAGCCAUCCGAAUCACUCGAGGUUUUAAAAGAACGUUGUAUCGAGUUGAUUUCGAUGGAAAACACACCCGAGACCUCGACGUUCUCGGAGGUAGAAACGGAAGCCCAUUUGCUGAUCUCGAAAUCCUUCUGGGACGCGGUAUCGCCCGCUACAUCUGAUGUAGCACCAAACUUCAUCGUGGAAAGGAGUGGUGAAGGAACUCGGCAUGAAGAUGAUGACCAGAGAACUGAUAAAGCAUCAUCAAAUCCUGCCAUUGUGGUUGCGGUUUUGGUCCUCGUUCUCUCUGUCGUAUUAGGAUUAGUGUUUUAUGGUUGGGAAUAACAUUUCCACAUGUCUGAUUGUUCAUCCUGUUGAAAAGCUUUUCCUUUUUUCACAACCGUCCAUUUGUCACAUUCAAUCUCAACCGUCGAUUUCCAAUUAA